AAUGUGGGCUUGAAGAAAGAAGCCUUAGCUUUCAGGUUCUUCAAAUCAACUUAUUCAACUAUGCAUUUGUGUGGAUUUUCUAUAUUCUAACUCCAUAUUGAUACAGGAGAAGAAAUUAUUGAUAACCAGGUGUUAAAUUCCUGAAAAACAUUCUGCUUGCAUUAACGUGUUCAAAAGUACCUUGUAAACCAGCUCGGAGAAAAAAAUCUGGGACUGUCUCAGAAUGGCUACGAUAACUCAAGUAUUCCGAGUGUUUGCCAAUCACGCCCGACGAUAUCCUUCUUCUCUGCACAACACGAGAUACUACUCAGCAAUGGCAAACUUUCUUGUUGAUGACCCGAAGUAUUCAUGGCUGCAAGAGCUUGGUCUUAGCAGUAAAAAUCAAGGCGUGUACAAUGGAAAGUGGUGUGGUUCAGGCGAGGAAAUUACAACAUACUGCCCAGCAAACAAUCAGCCGAUUGCCCAAGUUAUCACGGGAAGUCCUUCUGAUUAUGAGAAUUCAAUUCAGUUGACCAGAGCAGCCUGGGAACAGUGGGCAGACAUUCCCGGACCCCAAAGAGGUGAAAUUGUGAGACAAAUUGGCGAUGCUUUCAGAGAAAAGAAGCACUUGUUAGGAAAGCUAAUUGCUCUUGAAAUGGGCAAAAUUGUGGCUGAGGGUGAAGGGGAAGUACAGGAGUACAUUGACAUCUGUGACUAUGCUGUGGGUCUGUCUCGUAUGUUUGCCGGACACAUCUAUCCUUCUGAACGCCCCGGCCACAUGCUGCUGGAGCAAUGGAAUCCCCUGGGUAUUGUUGGUGUCAUUACAGCCUUCAACUUCCCCUGUGCUGUGUACGGGUGGAACUCGGCCCUUGCCAUGGUCUGUGGAAACGCUAUGGUCUGGAAGGGUGCUCCAUCAACUCCUCUUGUCAGUGUGGCCAUGACCAGGGUGAUCAGUUCUGUGCUGGAAGCAAACAAUAUUCCUGGGGCUGUUUGCUCUCUUGUGAGUGGCGGUGCUGAUAUAGGAAAUCUGAUGUCAACAGAUGAACGUGUUAAUCUUCUGUCCUUCACAGGAAGCACAGAGGUUGGACACAAGGUGUCACUCAAAGUUCAAGAAAGAUUUGGAAAAUUCCUUUUGGAGUUAGGCGGAAACAAUGCCAUUGUUGUCAAUGAGGACGCAGAUGUGGACAUGGUGGUCCGGUCAGCUCUGUUUGCCUGUGCAGGGACAGCUGGUCAGCGCUGUACUACGACCAGGAGAUUGAUCCUGCAUGAGAAAGUCCAUGAUGAAAUUGUUGCUAGACUGGUCAAAGCCUACGGUCAACUCAGGGUUGGAGAUCCCAUCGAAGAGGGCACCCUGUAUGGCCCGCUGCACAAUCAAGAGGCUGUGAAGAAAUUUGAGGAAGCUGUGAAAGCUGCCAAGGAGCAAGGCGGUCAUGUUGAGUGUGGAGGAAAUGUCAUCGAAAGACCUGGGAACUAUGUGGAGCCUACCAUUAUUACUGGACUAGCACACGAUGCUCCUAUUGUGAUGAAGGAAACUUUUGUGCCAAUAGUUUAUGUUUUGAAAAGCAAGAAUGUUGAUGAAGCCAUGAAGUGGAACAACGAAGUAAAGCAAGGUCUCUCUAGCAGUCUGUUCACAAAAGACAUGAGCACUAUUUACAAGUGGAUUGGGCCAAAGGGAUCUGAUUGUGGACUUGUCAAUGUGAACAUUCCAACCAGUGGAGCUGAGAUUGGAGGUGCCUUCGGAGGAGAAAAACACACUGGAGGUGGCCGGGAGUCUGGCAGUGAUUCAUGGAAACAGUACGUGAGGCGCUCCACCUGCACCAUCAACUUCAGCAAGGAGCUGCCCCUGGCUCAGGGCAUCAAGUUUGAGUGAUAACUCUGUUGUCUACAACAAGGACAUGUUCCUGAUCACGCAGGUUUGCUGCUGCGUUGACCUGAUCAAGGCCAGUACAGUUUGACGUAUCUGGAACAAUCCCAAACAUGCUUUACUAGAGGGUUUCCUCUUUUUUUUUUUCUUUUUUUUUUAAAUAAAGUACAGCUUUACACAUGUUGUUUCUUUGUCAAUGUGAUUCAGGUAUAUGGUUAUUGCUUUUUUUUUCAUGCAUCUCAUUUCUAACAAAAAGAUCGUUUCCUCCAAAGUGAUGGGUUCUUUUCGGUCUCAGGGUUAAUUUGUUUGAAAUGAAGACUAGAGAAAAUGUUGACUCUUGAAUAUAUACAUCUUAUUUGAAUUCCUGUAUUUUUUUAAAAAUUGUUGUACUGAGUUGGAUUUGUCUGAUUAGUGGUGAUAUCAGAAAUUCCUUUUUAUCAGCAAAGAAAAAACUUAACUCUUUCCCCAUAAUAGCUUUCUUCCAGUCUCAGCAGAUGCUGUAUGUCUGAUGGGAAUUAGGCUUAAUAGAUUUUAUUCUGUAGAGGAGUACAUGGUAUUUUACAAUUACAUAUCCACAAAGAUUUUUCCUGCGUCAGAUACUGUUAAAUGAUGUUGCUAAAUUACAUUAAGACAAUAAUGCCCUUUUAUAUCAGUGGGUGUUAUCUGUAAAAAUGAUGAUCUUACUUGUGUCUGUCCAACCAAUGAGAGGAUGCAUUCAUAGUGGGCUAGUUCCCUUCUCCCACAGGGAUGCAAAAGUUGUUUUUUGAUUUAGGUGGGAAGGAAGGAUCUUUGCUGCUUUAGAGAUUCACUCCAUAAUGCCUGUGCUUUGAUCACAAUGGAGAUUGUUGAGUUUAUGAUGUCUUUACCCCAUUUCUGCGUACAAUGACUGCCCUCAGGAGAUCAAGGUUUGUUAAAAUAGUUUUGUAAACUGUUUACAGAAUAGGCCAUAUUACUGGAGCUUUUGUGAGGCAUCAGUAUUCUUGUUGCAUUUAUUGUCUUCUUGAGGAUUCUUUUGAGAUCCGGAAUCUCGAUUUUUUUUCCCCUUUGUUUUUGUUAAUGUUACAAACACUUUGAUGCUGAGAACUUUUUGUCCAAAUAGUACAAUAUGUCAGUGUCAUUCCACAAACGCCUGAAGUCAUUUUUUUUUAGUUUUGAGAAACUUUUUAAAAAAAGAAAUUGCCCAAAUUCGAACCAUGACUUGGGCACUUUUGGUUUUUCAAAUAAAAACUAAGAACUAUGAAGGAAAUAAAUAACAGAAAACUUUUUUUUGUUGUAAGAUGCCCCUUGAUGUUUUUAUUGAAAUAACGGCUUUAUCUGGAAACCCCCAGAUAUUGAUUUGGGUGAUUUUUGAAUGACACUGGCGAUUAUAUAUUGCAGCUAUGUUACACUCCAAAGAAUGCUCUUUCAAUAUUUUUGAGACCCAGUGUAUUGUUAUCUUACAUCAUUGACUAAUUAUAAAUGUGAACCUUCAUGUUCAGAAUGUUUAGUGUUUGCGGUUUUGUUUGUUUUUUUGGUUUGGGAGAACUGGUAUUAUUCCUGUAUUUUGAAAUGAUUUACUGUUUUAGUGGUACAGUGGAACUGCAAUGAAAACAAUACUGUAUUAUUCACUAAUAUACAAAUGAAAUUUACAAAGUAUUCUUUAGUGGGGCAUAUUGUUCCUCUAUACAGUAUAAUGUUUGUAUAAGUGUGUUUUCUGGCAAUCUGCUGUCCAGCACUAUCCUAGAGGAAUUAAUCACUUCUUUUUUUUUAAGAAUGUUGUGUCAGAAGCAUAUUGUCAGCCAGCUGUUCACAUGUACUAAGCACAAAAUUUUGAAUUUUUAAAAUUGCAACGUCUAAAUCCUUUGUAUUGGUUGCAUGUGCUCAAGAAAUGAAUUUUUG